CUCGUAUUCUACAUUGCCCUUUCGUUUCUUCUCCAUUAAAAUCGUAUAAGAUUUCCCCUUUGACAGCUUCAAUAAUCCUGUAUAUUGUCAAUGGCGAUGCUAUUUUUCUGUUUACUCUUUGCCCAUUUAGCAGUUUUCCAAUAUGCCUCUGCAAAUUUUUACAGCGAUUUUGAGAUCAAUUGGGGUAACGACCACGCCAAAAUACUUGACAAUGGUGAACAAUGGCAGCUUACUCUCAAUCAGUCCUCAGGUUCAGGGUUCAAAUCCAAGAAUGAAUAUCUGUUUGCUAAACUUGACAUGCAAAUCAAAUUGGUGCCCGGUGACUCGGCAGGAACUGUAACUGCUUACUAUCUGUCGUCUCAAGGGGAUACCCACGAUGAAAUAGACUUUGAAUUCUUGGGAAACCUGUCUGGAGAUCCCUAUAUUAUGCAUACUAAUGUGUUUUCUCAAGGCAAAGGCAAUCGUGAGCAACAAUUUUACCUCUGGUUUGAUCCCACAGCAGACUUCCACACUUACUCUGUGCUCUGGAAUCCCCAACAAAUUGUAUUUUCUGUGGAUGGAACUCCGGUGAGAGUUUUUAAGAACAAGGAGAAUUUGGGCGUAACAUAUCCGAAGAAUCAGUCAAUGAUAAUAUACUCAAGCCUGUGGAAUGCUGAUGAAUGGGCAACAAGAGGCGGUGCAGUGAAGAUCGACUGGAGCAAAGCCCCAUUCGUUGCAUCAUUCCAGAAUUUCAGGUCACAGGCGUGCAGUCCUUCCUCUGAUUGCUCUGUAAAUUCAUGGUACAAUGAACAAGGACUGGAUUCCACCCAGCAGCAGAAGCUUCAAUGGGUGCGCACGAAUUACAUGAUUUAUGAUUACUGUUCGGAUGUUAAGAGGUUUCCACAGGGCCUUCCAGCUGAAUGUGCCUCAGACUCCCCGUCUACUUGACACUAGACAAAUUGCAAAUAGGGAAUUCCUUCUAUCAUAUGAUUUUCAAUUUUCUGUAAAUUUUUUUGCAUUCCUUCAAUUCUUCUGUAGUUUCAAGGCAGUCUAUUAAUCUCCCGUUCGUUGAUGCACUGCGAACUUUUUAAAUAUCGAAUGAACAGAUGGAAAGACAUUAAACCUAACGAGAAGUUUGCAAAAGUCAAAUGUCGUGCAAAAAUAAGACAAAAAUUAUUUUUGAUUGUGUUA